UGGCAUUGCUGCAUUGCUGCGCUGCUGCACCACCAUCGCUCCCAACGUCGGGGCUCGUGCGUGCCGAAUUCCGCAUUUGAAAUGCUUUCCAAGGGAUGAGAGCGCGUCAUCCUCAGACGUUGUACCUAGAUACCCUGGAGCCACACGUUUCCGCCCUCAAUGGCCUGCGACGGAACAGCCAGACGCGAGAAGCAAUUGAAGACGCGCUUGCGGCGCUCCUUGGCAUGGUGUACAUCUGGCGCGCUCGAGUCAGGCGCCCCACUGACGCCGGCAGGCGCCGUCAAGCCCAAGCCCCCGCACGUCCUUCCAUCCCGUCUCUUGCGCUCCAGCGGCUUCGACCACCGGCCUAUGGGUCCCAUUGUAUUGUUACCUGCAGCUUCACACCGCUGUUGGCAGUCUAUCUUGCUGCCUUCGUUCCUUGUAAUCACAAAGCCACCUGCUCCAUAGGCUUCUCGGGCGGGACGAUAGCAAGAACGGGCAGCCUGGAAGUAGGAGCGGCCAAUAUUGUGAACAAAUCGCGAGCUCAAUUACGUAUCAGAUCCCCACCUUAGACACAAUAAUUAAUCUCUAAGCGGACGGCGUGCCCGACGUUGCACAAACACCUGACCUGAAUUUCCUCUUUUGGUGCGAACGAUGCGAGCUGCUCCACUAAGCCUCAAAUGGGGGUGGCGUAACGAUCGACAGUGCUUACAGGCCUCGAUUGAAAGCUU